GAGCGUCCCUCCGUGCGCGUGUGUGAGGCGAGCGGGAAGGCCGCGCAGCCCCUCGACGCCCGUUUCCCAUGCAGGAGACCGAGGAGAGCCUGGCGGCGGCCGCGGACAGCGCCGCCGGGGCCGAAGCGGAGAAGUCCGGAGGCGGCGGCGGCGAGGACUCGGAGGCCGACCAGCCGGAUGGGCCUUCCGCGGAGGAGCCUGAGGGAAAGCAGGCCGAGCCGGAGCCCCCCCAGGAGCCCGAGAAAGACGGCGGCGGGAAGAAGGACGCCGACAGCGGCGAGGCGGCGGCGGCGGCCGAGGAGCCCGAAGAGCAGCCGCCGCCUUCGCCGCCGCCGCUCGCCGCCGUGACGAAGCCGCCCUCUCCUCAGCAGGAGGAGCCGCCUUCGCCGCCGCCUUCGCCGCCGCCGCCCCCGGUCGCCGCGCCCGCCGCGGAGGAGCCUCCCGCCCGGGAGGGGUCUCCCGUCGCCGCCGCCGCCGCGGAGGAGCCGGGGAGCCCCGCGGAGAGGCUUGAGGAGGAGCAGGGGGAGUCUGCGGGGAGCGAGCGGGAGGAGGCGGACGCGGGCGAGAAGUCGCCCCCGCAGCAGCAGCAGCAGCAGCCGACGCCCGAGGACGCGGUGCCGGAGGAAGAGAUCUCCUUCAGCGACCCCGAGGACUUCGUGGACGACAUCGACGAGGACGAAUUACUUGAAGAUAUUUUGCAAGAGCGUCCACAGGAAGCAGAUGGAAUUGAUUCAGUGAUUGUGGUGGAUAAUGUUCCGCAGGUUGGACCAGAUCGUCUUGAAAAACUGAAGAAUGUUAUCAACAAGAUUUUCUCAAAAUUUGGAAAGAUCACCAAUGAAUAUUACCCAGAAUCUGAUGGACAGACUAAAGGGUAUAUUUUCCUCGAGUACAGUUCUCCAACUCAUGCUUUGGAUGCCAUAAAAAGUGCAGAUGGUUACAAGCUGGACAAGCAGCACACUUUCAGGGUCAACCUUUUCACUGACUUUGACAAAUACAUGACAAUCAGUGAUGAGUGGGAAAUUCCAGAAAAGCAGCCAUUUAAAGACUUGGGGAAUUUGCGCUACUGGUUGGAAGAUGCAGAUUGCAGAGAUCAGUACAGUGUGAUAUUUGAAUCUGGAGAUAGGACCACUAUUUACUGGAAUGAUGUUAAGGAUCCUGUCACAAUUGAGGAGAGAGCUCGAUGGACAGAAACCUAUGUGCGCUGGUCUCCAAAGGGUACCUACCUGGCUACAUUCCACCAGAGGGGCAUUGCGUUGUGGGGUGGAGAGAAAUUCAAGCAGAUUCAGAGGUUCAGCCACCAGGGGGUGCAACUCAUUGACUUCUCACCUUGUGAAAGGUAUCUGGUGACGUUCAGUCCUCUUAUGGAUACACAGGAUGACCCACAAGCGAUCAUUAUUUGGGAUAUCCUAACUGGACAGAAGAAGCGAGGAUUCCACUGUGAAAGUUCAGCCCACUGGCCCAUUUUUAAGUGGAGUCAUGACGGUAAAUUCUUUGCUCGAAUGACAUCAGACACACUUAGCAUCUAUGAAACGCCGUCAAUGGGUCUGUUGGAUAAGAAAAGCUUGAAAAUUUCAGGGAUCAAAGAUUUUUCCUGGUCUCCAGGUGGCAACAUAAUUGCCUUUUGGGUGCCUGAAGACAAAGAUAUCCCAGCAAGGGUAACCUUAAUGCAGCUGCCCUCCCGGCAGGAGAUCAGAGUACGGAAUCUCUUCAAUGUGGUGGACUGCAAGCUACACUGGCAAAAGAAUGGAGAUUAUCUGUGUGUGAAAGUAGACAGGACCCCCAAGGGUACACAGGGUGUAGUGACCAACUUCGAAAUCUUCCGGAUGAAAGAGAAGCAGGUUCCAGUUGAUGUGGUAGAAAUGAAAGAAAGCAUCAUAGCCUUUGCUUGGGAGCCAAAUGGAAGCAAGUUUGCUGUGCUGCACGGAGAGUCCCCACGGAUCUCUUGUUCUUUCUACCACGUGAAGAACAAUGGGAAGAUAGAGCUCAUUAAAAUCUUUGACAAGCAGCAGGCAAACACGAUAUUCUGGAGUCCUCAAGGGCAGUUUGUGGUAUUGGCUGGUCUCAGGAGUAUGAAUGGUGCCUUAGCAUUUGUGGAUACAUCUGACUGCACCAUGAUGAACAUUGCUGAGCACUACACAGCCUCAGAUGUGGAAUGGGACCCAACAGGCCGCUAUGUGAUGACCUCUGUGUCCUGGUGGAGCCACAAGGUGGACAACGCCUACUGGCUGUGGACUUUCCAGGGUCGCCUUCUCCAGAAGAAUAACAAAGACCGGUUCUGCCAGUUGCUUUGGAGACCCAGGCCGCCCACUUUACUCACACAGGAUCAAAUAAAGCAAAUCAAGAAAGAUCUGAAAAAAUACUCCAAAAUAUUUGAACAGAAGGAUCGCCUAAGCCAGUCUAAAGCCUCAAAGGAACUGGUAGAUAGAAGGAGAACAAUGAUGGAGGAGUUCAAGAAAUACCGUAAGAUGGCCCAGGAGUUGUACAUGGAACAAAGGAACGAGCGGUUGGAGCUCCGAGGAGGAGUGGACACAGAUGAGUUGGACAGCAACGUAGACGACUGGGAGGAGGAGACAGUUGAAUUUUUUAUCAAUGAAGAAAUUAUUACAGUUGCAGAGCCAGAGUAAUAGGAAGGCCCCUUGCACCACCAUAUCUUGUACUGAGAAGGGUUUUUUCCAUUUUCAGAAGGUCUAUACAUCUCGAAUUUUUUUAAAUCCAUAUUCUUUCUGGACGGUGAAUACACAGGAUCCAUUCAUUCUGACACAUCGUAGUGCCUUCUUGUGCCCACUGCCUUUUGUGGGAUCAUUUGACAGGCGCUGCUUUUAAAUUUUUAUUCCUUUACUGGAAGAGGGUUUAGUUUAAUUUUUAGAAAUCUACCACCAGUAUUUGCUACUUGACACUCCAGCAGUGCUCCCAACCGAGAAGCUUGAACUGUUGCCCUUCCAAGUGCAACCUUGGCAUACUUUCCAGUGUCUUGUUGCAGACUGAAAUGCCUCUGUUCGCUGAGGACUGUUCCUGUGUCCAGAUUCUACAGAUGGGUGUCAGCGAGAGAGCAGUUCCCCAGGUGAUGUGCUUUAGUUUGCUAAAGCUGCAUUACAAUGGACUUUGCCCUCCUCCGUUCAGAUUGUGACAGGAUCUCUCCACUGGUUGAGCAUUGGAAAUAAAGGAGACCUACAUGCUUAACAAAGAA